AUGAAGGAGGUUGUGAGAGCGGAGGUGUUGAAGCUAGUAAAUGCCGGUAUUAUAUAUGCCAUUUUUGAUAGCUCAUGGGUGAGUCCGGUGCAAGUGGUGCCAAAGAAGGGUGGCAUGACGGUAGUUAAGAAUGAGAAAAAUGAGCUCAUUCCAACUUGCAUGGUAACGGGGUGGCGAGUGUGUAUUGAUUAUAGGAAGCUCAACAAGGCCACCCGAAAAGACCAUUUUCCUUUGCCCUUCAUUGAUCAAAUGCAAGAUCGAUUGGCGGGGCACAAGUAUUAUUGCUUCCUUGAUGGCUAUUCAGGCUAUAACCAAAUUGUCAUUGCCCCGGAGGACCAGAAGAAGACAACAUUCACUUGUCCAUAUGGUACAUUCGCCUUUCGCUGGAUGCCUUUUGGGUUGUGCAAUGCGCCAGCUACCUCCAACGGUGCACGAUGGCCAUCUUUGCUGACAUGGUGGAGAAUAUUAUGGAGAUGUGUAGAGACAAACCUUCUGUUUAAUUGGGAGAAGUGCCACUUCAUGGUGAAGGAGGGGAUUGUCCUUGGUCACCGAGUCUCAUCGCUAGGUUUGGAAGUGGAUCGAGCCAAGAUUGUCAUAAUUGAGAAUUUACCACCACCAACAAAUGUGAAGCGAAUUCGAACCUUCAAUAUGCUUAAGGAAAAGCUCAUAGCGACCCCUAUCCUCAUCGUUCCCAAUUGGAGUGAACCCCUCCAGAUCAUGUGCGACGCUAGUGACUAUGCUAUUGGAGCCGUACUUCGCCAACGGAAGGAAAAUUUUUUUCGGGCAAUCUGCUAUUCAAGCUGUACUCUCAAUGAGGUCCAAGAGAAUUACAUAACAACUGAGAAGGAGAUGGUUGCGGUGGUCUACUCAUGCGACAAGUUCCGGCCUUACAUCAUUGGGUCCAAGGUUAUUGUAUUUACGGACCAUGCGGCCAUCCGAUGGGUCUUACUGCUACAAGAGUUCGAUUUGGAGAUCCGGGACAAGCGAGGCAUUGAAAAUGUGGUAGCCGACCAUCUAUCUCGCCUUGAAGGGGUUGUUGAUGAACAAGGAGCUUCUUUCAUUCUAGAGUCUUUCCCGGAUGAGAAAUUGUGCGCAGUUGAGGCAAAGCUCCCGUGGUAUGUUAAUUUUGUCAAUUAUCUUGUGUGUAAAGCUUUGCCACCGGGUUUGACCUCUCAACCAAAAAAGAAGUUCAUGCAUGAUGUGAAGCACUACAUUUGGGAUGACCCCAUUCUUUUCGAACGAUGCGCCGAUCAAGCCAUUCGGAGGUGUGUGCCAGAAAAGGAGACCCAGAUAUCUUGUUUCAUUGCCAUUCAUCCCCCGUCGGUGGGCACUUUGGAGUUGCACAAACCGCUGCUAAGGUUCUUGAGAGUGGGUUCUAUUGGCCUAUUUUGCACCGGGAUUGUCAUGAAUUCGUCAAACACUGUGACCUGUGAAAAUUUUGAGGCCAUUGCAACUCCUACAAAUGAUGCUUGGGUGUUUGUCAAGUUUAUUCAAAAGAACAUUUUCUCACGUUUUGGCACACCUAGAGCUAUACUUAGUGAUGAAGGCACUCACUCUGCCAACAUGGUGUUUGAUGCACUCAUGGCCAAGUACGGAGUGUGGCACAAGAUGGCCCUUUCUUACCAUCCUCAAUCCAAUGGCCAAGCGGAGAUUUCCAAUCGGGAGAUCAAGCUUAUCAUGGAGAAGAUUGUGCAAUCAAAUCGGAAGGAUUGGUCCAACAAGCUCUACGACGCUUUAUCGGCGUAUAGGACGGCUUUCAAGACACCUAUCCACAUGUCUCUAUACCGGUUGGUGUUUGGGAAGGCGUGUCAUCUACCUUUUGAGCUUGAACACCAGCCGAAUUGGGCCAUUAAGAAGCUCAACUUUGAUUUGAAGGCCUCGGGAGAGAAAAGACUCAUUCAACUCAAUGAAUUGGAGGAGAUUCGUAAUGAGGCGUAUGAGAAUGUGAGGAUUUACAAUGAGCGCACAAAGCAAUGGCAUGAUAAGAGGAUCCUCCGCCUCGACUUCAUUCUAGGAGAGAAGGUACUUCUAUUCAACUCUCACCUUACACUCUUUCCCGGAAAGCUCAAAUCUUAG